AUGCCACAUUUUGUUAAGUAAAGCGAGCAUCUAUUGGCCUGAAUGACGUUCAAUAGCAAUAGCAUCCAAAAUGCAGUUCGGGAAAGCACUUCGAAGAAACGUGCUUAUUCUCAGUUACACUUGUUCAACUUUCUCCACCAUUUCUCAUCACACCACCACCAAACACAUUCUACAAACAUCUCAUUACAGAAAACAAAUCUUACUCGCUAAUCUCUUCCAAUCCUACGGUUUCCCUUCUUCUACCCUUCACAAUUUCCUCUCUCACAAUCACUUUCUCUUCAAUUCCGAAACUUCAGAACUUCGUAAAUCUCUUUCCACUCUCUUUUCCUUCCAAAUUCCGCAGAAAACCCUUAUUUCCCUCGUUCGCGAUUGCCCCUCUGUGUUGGAACCCCAAUUUCUUCAUAAUUGGGAAUUAGGUUUUCCCGAAUUGAAAUCCAAGGUUCCUGACACUUCCCCGUUAAUGAUUGCGAACUUGUUACGAUGUUCUAGAAGGUUCCAUUUAAACCCUGUUGAAAUCUCUCAGAAAGUUGAGGUUUUUAAGGGUUUAGGGUUUUCUGAAAAUGUUAUGGAAAGGGUUUUGGAAGAAUUUCCCAGCGCAAUUGUGAUGAGGGAAAGUGAAAUUGUUGGUGUGAUUGAUUUUCUUGUGGAAUUUGGGAUUCUUAGAGAGGAAAUUGAUAGAGUUGUUAGAUUGUAUCCUAGGGUUUUGGGAUUUGGAGUUGAAGAUAGGUUGAAGCCUUUCAUUCACGAAUUGAGGGGUUUGGGGUUUUCCCGCCGUGAGGUUAGAACAAAGAUUGUUAGGGAUCCGAGAAUUUUAGGAAUGGAAAUUGGGGAAUUUUCGCGGUGUUUGAAGUUGUUACAGAGUUUGAAAUGCAGGGAAGCAAUUAAAGAGAGGAUUUUUGGAGAGGGUUUGGUUAGGGCUUGUUUUGAAGUGAAGUUGAGAGUCGAUUGUUUGUGCAGUCACGGUUUGAUUCGUAGAGAUGCCUUGAAGGUGUUAUGGAAGGAACCGAGGUUGAUCGCAUAUGAUCUGGAGGAUAUUGAGAAGAAGAUUGAGUUUUUAGUUCAUAGGAUGAAAUAUAGUGUUGAUUGUUUGCAUGAGGUUCCUGAAUACUUGGGUGUGAAUUUUGAAAAACAGAUUGUUCCUAGAUACAAUGUGAUUGAGUAUUUGAAAGGAAAAGAUGCAAUUGGGUUUGAAGUUGGAUUGAAGGAUCUUGUUAAACCAACUAGGCUUAGAUUUUACAAUCUUUAUGUGAAGCCUUACCCUGAAUGUGAAAAAAUAUAUGGGAGAUUUUCAGGUAAGGUUGAAGUUAAAAGCAAGCAUCCACCUGGACUUUGGAAGCUCUUUAAACCGCAGAAGUUUCCUCAAACUGAUCAAGAUGUGAAGAACAUGAAGGCUUUCAUGGACUCACUGGUGUAGUGUUUUUUUUAUAAGCCUCACUGGUGUAGUGAUUUGAUCUUUGUAUAAUGUUACUCUGUUAGUUGGGUGAAUGGUCUAUGACAUGCUUUGUGUUUAUACCAAGCAAUUUAGCAACUAAGAUUCUUUGAUUUGUUGAUGAAAUUAACCUGGUGUUGGGAAUAUUUAUCCUAAAAGAAUACAUGCUGACAAAUUUAGUAUUCACACAAAUUGGUCAUUUCUUUGAUGUAUAAGAACAAUGCAACGUUGUUAUUGAUCCAGAUUAAGAUUUUGUGGCAAGAGGACAACAGCAAAGAUAUAGACUAAUGGCCUAUUGUCAUCUUUGCUCAAUUUUUAUUACAUAUUUGAAAUUUAAUAGCUAUAGUUAAAGUUAUAGUUAUAUAAUAA